CAAGUAUCAGACCAUCCAAAAUGCGAGUAUCCCACACGAUCCCGCUCAUCGCGGCUCUUCCGUCAGCAUUUGCUGCGCCUCAGCAGCCGCCAUUCACAAACACAACCGAACUGCCGACUCGCUUUGCCAUGCUGCUGCUCCCACACUUCCAAGCGCUCGACGUCUUUGGCCCACUCGAUGUCCUCAACACUCUAUCUAUGCUUUAUGGCAAUCAAACAGCCAUGAACCUGACCUUGCUCAGCAAGACUAUGGACCCGGUCGGUACCACCAUCAAAGGUAUGCACGGCAAAGGCUAUUUCGGUGAAGAAGUUCUCCCAACCGAAACUUUCGCCAACAUCCUCGGCAAGAAGAAGAGUUUUCCUGCCAAACUAACCGGCGGACAUGGCCAAACACCAACUCAGAGCUACGACACAGACGGCAACGAUGGCUGGGGCAAUGGCUACGCACGUAGACACGAAGGCCAUGAGCCUGCGAUACCGCACAGCCCGCCGAUGAACCACACGAUGCCUAUGAAGGAUAUCGAAGUUCUCCUUGUACCCGGUGGCGGUGGUACAAGGCAGAACAUGACCGAGGAGAUAGCGUUCGUCAAGGCCAUCUACCCCAAGCUAAAAUACAUAAUCUCCAUCUGCACAGGCGCAACCCUACUCUCACGUGCCGGCCUCCUCGACGGCAGAAAGGCCACGACAAACAAGCGCGCCUGGGCCUGGGCUACCUCAACCGGGCCUAAUGUGACAUGGGUGCCGAGCGCGCGCUGGGUCGAGGACGGGAAUAUCUUUACCUCGAGUGGGAUUUCGGCGGGCAUUGAUGUGACGAUCGCGUGGGUGGGGAGGGUGUAUGGCGAAGAGGUCGCGGAUUAUCUGGCGAAUAGUAUGGAGUACGAGCGUUGGACUGAUCCGCACAAGGAUCCGUUUGCGAAGGUGUGGGAUGUGCCUGGUACGGUUUAAGGAUGAGCGCAUAGGGUAGACUGAUACUCAGACAAUAUAGGUGGGCG